AUGACUAAGGACACUGAUUACGGGAUUAUCGUUCUCCAUGACCCCUCAGCUACCGACGAGAAACACCGGGUUCAUAAGACCGUUUUCGAUUUGGUCGCGAUCCAUGGCCUCAACGGGGACCCUAUCAACACAUGGACCCAUACUGAAACUGAAGUAAUGUGGUUAAGAGAUCUUCUACCUGCAGCAAUCCCAGAUAUUCGUAUUAUGACUUUCGGAUACAAUGCCCGUUUCAAGAAUUUCACCGCACAGCAAGAUUUACGAAGCAUAUCAUUGAAGUUGCUCGCAGAGCUAGUAGAUCUACGGACAACAGAAGAUAUCGUCGACCAGCGCUCUGCGAUUCUAAAUGUUCCCCAUGAGAUCGCCGUCCCCCAGUUCGCCGACCACAGGAAUAUCGCAAGAUUCAGAUCUUCGCAGGAUCGGUCAUUUCGACCCGUGGUUUCUCGGCUGAAAGACUUUGCCCAGACCCUACGCAGCGGCUAUCUGGGUGAAACGCGAUCUUUCACGGACCAGAAUAAUGGGGGCGCGGGGAAAACACAGACAGCUUUGCACUAUGCCGUCCAAAAUCUGUCAAAAUACCCGUCAGGGAUUGCCUUUAUAAACGCAACAUCAGUGAUCUCACUUUCGGCAGACUUUGACCGCUUACAUGACCUUCUUAGGCUUGGAGAUUCUAAGGACAAGAUUGGCGCUGUUAAAGGCUGGCUCUCCCGGCCUGAAAACAACAAGUGGCUUCUGGUGUUCGAUAAUGCAGACGACCUGGACAACGUUCCACUUCAUAAGUUUUACCCGGCCGUGAACUGGGGCCACAUUAUCAUCACCAGUCGUGACCAGGCGGUGAUUGGCAGCAUAGCCGAGAACGGCCACGUUCUGAGUCCCCUGACGGAAAAUGAUGCGGUGCAACUACUACUCGAAAAGUCAGGGAUCCAGAACCCUACCGAAGGGGAUAUUGAAGAUGCAAGGACCGUCACAGGCCUUCUUGGGUCUCUUCCUCUCGCCUUAGUACAGGCCGGGGCAUUCGUUCGCUCAAGGCACAGAAGCCUUCGGGAAUAUUGUAGGUUGUAUACAACUCGGAGAGAUUAUUUGCUUGGCUUUGCUUCACGUCUUGGAGACUCUGAAAAGGCAGUAUUAACAACCUGGGAAAUCAAUUUUAAGCAAGUGGAGCGAGAGUCCUUAGGAGCCGCCUCACUUCUUCUUCUGUUCUCGUUUCUGGAACCGUCUUCGAUUCCGGAAAUGCUUCUACAUCGAGGCUCCUCUCCCCAAAGAAGAUGGGGUGAGGAUGGUGAGAUGACUGUGGUAGAUGCGGAAAUGGAAGGGGUGGAGAGACAAUUGAUCCAGGUCAUUCAAGGAGAUUUUGAGUUUGAUACGGCCGUGGAGAAGCUGCUUUCUUUCUCGCUGAUUUCCUGCAACAAAGAAUCCGAAGGGCUUAGGAGCUUUUCCAUUCAUCCGCUUGUCCAGUACUGUGCUGUAAAGCGGUUAUCGCCGCCCGAUGUGAGGAAAUGGCGAUGCCAAGCUCUCCUGCUCCUGUUACCCCACCUGAGCCGAACCCUUUCUGAAUAUGAUGCAAUGAGUCUCGAGCACGGCGACCUUGCCUCCUUCCGGCACGAACUUGCAUCGACUCUUCUCGCCGCUUCACGAUUUUCGAAUGCAAGAUGGAAGGUCGAGGCAAUUGACCGUACUAAAAAGCUCCUCGAAGGUGACAAUGAUCGAUUCCUUAGUGCCUGGCUCGCAUUUAGGGAGAGCUCGGUAAUGAGAAUGUCGGGAAAAUUAAAGGAGUCGGAGAGCGCCCUGCAUAGGUUCUUGCACGACGCGGCUGCACCCCAAGAGAGAGAGUUGGAAUUGAGUAAGAGAUAUAACGCCCAACGUGGGGAGCUUAUCAUUUCAUUCGCGGAGAAUCUAAUCCGCCAACAGAAGCUCGUCGAAGCGAAAGCGGAGUUGACAGAGUGGCAGCCGCUGGACGAUGUCCCUUCCUCUCUUGAAAAAAUCACAUCAAGAGCCCGAGACAUAACUCUGGGCAAAAUCCUUCGACUCCAGGGCCUCUUCCAUGAAGCCUUAACUCUACUUGAUGGUAUCCUUCAAAGCUGCCUCCUCGAUGAGUACUUUGAGGGAACCGGCUGGUACAGGGUACUCCUUUCGGAAGUGGCAGACCUACGUUGCGAGCUGGGCCAGCCGCUUGAGGCUGAAAAGCUCCUGCUUCAUGAGUUAACUCCGAUGAGAGAGAAGGGCACUCAGGACAUCGCCACGGGCCGACGACUAAGAAUCUCGCUGGCAGAGACCUACCUGGAACGGAAUAUGUUUGCACAGGCCGAAGAGCUUCUGCUUGAGCUUCAACGCGCUUUUUCAUCUUCUAAUGAACCGGACUAUAAUGCUCAAUUCUACGUUUUCCGACUCUGGAUUUCACUGGCAAGGAAUUCUCAUAAGCAGUUUGAGUGGGAGCAAGCGAUUUCACGCUGGAGAAACGCUUUAUCAGCCUUGCGGCGCCUGGGCCAGGAUAAGAGUUUCAAUGCUGGUCUCGUGCGUUGUUCUGUCGCUCAUGCGCUUUUAAUGGCCAGGCGUGAGACAGAUGGCGCGCAUUUACUGCAAGAGGCGAGAUCAGAUAUGGAAUCAGAGGCUCGCAUAUAUUGGAUUCCCAUUUUCAAUUCCCAUUGGCACGACUACAUUACCAAAGCCACGCAAGGUCUCUGA